UGAAAGGUCACUGCGCGGCGGCGAGUCUGGCUGGCGGCGGCGGCAGGAGGGAGGCGACUGCUCCGUGUGCACGUGUGGAGAAGUGGCGGCACCGGCACGGCGGCAGGACGCACCGCCGCCCCCUCUGGAGACGCAGGGCUGCGCUCGAAUCUCGCGGCCUCCGUCAACAGCUCAGCUCCCUGCCCUAGGCGAGGAGGUCGGCUUGUGGGGUUGAGUGGCCCGAGCUGAGGGCGCGGAGAGCUCAGGGCGGCGACGACAACGGCGUUGAUAUCGGUGGUAACAACGGCCUCAGCAGGCGGGGAAGAUGAAAGGUAGCCGGAUCGAGCUGGGAGAUGUGACACCACACAAUAUUAAACAGUUGAAGAGAUUAAACCAGGUCAUCUUUCCAGUCAGCUACAAUGACAAGUUCUACAAGGAUGUGCUGGAGGUUGGCGAGCUAGCAAAACUUGCCUAUUUCAAUGAUAUUGCAGUAGGUGCGGUGUGCUGUAGGGUGGAUCAUUCACAGAAUCAGAAGAGACUUUACAUCAUGACACUAGGAUGUCUGGCUCCAUACCGAAGGCUAGGAAUAGGAACUAAAAUGUUAAAUCAUGUCUUAAACAUCUGUGAAAAAGAUGGCACUUUUGACAACAUCUAUCUGCAUGUCCAGAUCAGCAAUGAAUCUGCAAUUGACUUCUACAGAAAGUUUGGCUUUGAGAUUAUUGAGACAAAGAAGAACUACUAUAAGAGGAUAGAGCCUGCAGAUGCUCAUGUGCUGCAGAAAAACCUCAAAGUCCCUUCUGGCCAGAACGCAGAUGUUCAAAAGACAGACAACUGAACAAAUUACAGAUGAACUUUCUUGCACUUGCUUGUCGCCAAAUAAAAGAGAGGCCCGUUGAUUUUCCCCUCCCCCCUUUCUUUUAAAGCUUUCCUCCUUCCUUGUUUUGUUUUUCCUCCUUUCAAAACUUCUUUUUCCUCUAAAGUUUUUAACUUUUAAGGACUUAAUCAUGUUUGGAUUGUUUUAGUUUUUUUAUUUUGCAAGGUGGUUUGAUUGUAGGAAGGAAAAGGUAGAGAUCUGUUUAGUUUCACAGUUAAGAUAUAUGGUCCCAAAAAUUUGGGUGUCAUCUUCAAUAUUUUGUUAGCUUUUUUUUUUUUUUAAAUAGCAUCCUGCUUUCACAUUGAAGGGCAGAGCCUACAAAUACUGUAUAUUUCAAAAGACAAAAAGAAGCAGCAGCAAUAUCUUGUUCUCUAAUUCCUAGACAAGUUUUAUGUGUUUGUGGUACUUUGGGUUUUUCAAGACUUUGUGGGAUACUAAUCCCUAUACAUUGCCUUCACUCCACCUUUUGUCCUUCUGAGUAUUAUCUCAGGAGUUGGACCAUUGUUAUCCUUGUAAGAAAUACUAAGCUUGUUUUGUUCUGUAAAGCAGUUAUUUCUUCCUUCCCCGCUGGUGGCUGAGGGUGGGUAGGACGGUUUGAGUAGGUAGUGUUAUAUAUACUUUGGUCUCCUAUUUGAGUUAAACUGCUUUUUAGCUAAUGAGUGGGCGGGUUGUUAGCAGGUUUAUUUUUUCCUGCUGUUGAUUGUUAUUAGUGGCAUUAACUUUUAGAGUGUGGGCUGGUGAGAUUAAUUUUUUUUAAUAUCCCAGCUAGAGAUAUGGCCUUUAACUGACCUAAAGAGGUUUGUUGUAAUUUUUUUUCUCUUGUCUUUUUUCUUUAGUAAACCCACAAUAGUUAGUUUAACCUUAAAAAUGGAGUUGAUGUCCUUAUAGGUCAGUGCCCCUAAAAAAACCUGAAGCAGGUGUUGUCUCUUGGACAUAUUAAAAAAUACUUAAAGGAAACUUAAAAGAAAUUGUGGCACAAUAAAUGGAUUUAAUGUCAGUUAAUGCAGGCUAUUAGAAGGGUGGCGACUGAGCAUUUGAUUUUAUAUGGAAGAAUAUCUAGACAGUAUUUUUGAGAAUAACAUAGCUGUGCUAUUGCUUAUCUGUUGGAGGACAGAUUUGCUUACAUUCUGUGCCUCUGUUAAUGAGUUUAAGGAUUUGGGGGAAGGGAAAUUGUUAAACAUAUUGCUUCUAUUCUUUGGAAAGUAGAAUGCAAAUGUCAUUGUGACCUCCUCUACUGACAGGACUGGUUUAUGCCAGAUCAUUUUCUGGCACAUAGAGAGUGGCUUUGACAGGUAGAUAACUUUUUGUAAGAUAGGAGACAUCUGAAAUAUUCAUGUUUUUCCUCCAUAGUCCCAUCUCCAAUAUUAAAAUUUUUCUAAAUUGCCAGUACUGGCGGCCCAGGAAAUGUUUUCAUUAGACUUAAAAACAAUGCACAGAGCUUGAAUUUUCUGUCUUUUGACUUUAAAAGGAAGGUUGAUCCAUAAUAUUUAUCCUCAUGUAAAUUCUGGCAUAGAAGUCUCAUCUCUCCAAAUAUGCUGAAUGACAAAAUUAUUUUACACAAUGUUUAUGCACAUUUUAUUAAGUUCCUAUUUUGAGAAUGUGAAAAUACAAGGUACAGUAGACUUCAACAGUCUUAGUUGAGUGCCAAGAAUAAUAUAGAAAGGGAAGAUAGUUGAUGAAUGAGUUUAUAGGGUUCUAAUCAUAAGAUAGUAAAAAUGUAGAAAGACGAUGCUGGUUUCUUGGCUAUCAUUUUCUUAAGCAAUCCAAAUCUAUGCUUAGAAGUUUAGCAUUAAGCACCUUUACCUUCACUGAUAAGCUUCAGCUUGCUCUUGCUAAGAGAAGAGUGUUUGAGUUGCAGAAGGCAUAAUUAGUUUGAGGAAUUCAGCCUUUUUGUAAACUUCAGAUAUCAGAAUAGAUUUUGAUAUGUAAAUGAGUUUUGUGAGAUGACACUGCCUCUAUUUCUAUAACCAUUUCACCUGGACUAUCUAAUCAGUCCUAUGAAUGUAUCCCUAAAUGUGGUUAUUGAAAACCGAAUAGCUGCCUCAUGAUAAUUAAGUACAUAUUAUUUAUGGAGGAAAAAAUAUUAAAUUUCGAAUUGAGUGUGUAGGCUCCCUAUCAUCUUAGUGUUUCUUUUCCCACACUAGUCAUUGACUUUAAUCUACAUUGUAAAUGUUUGUAAAGGGUAGAUUGUCCUACAUCAAACUUAUAUUAAAUAAUUCCAUCCAUUUAUGGAGGAGGUGGAUGUAGAAGAGGUAGAAGCUGGGCACUGGUGCAUGUGCCUAUGAGUCAGUAAUGACUGAAACAAUGUCCCAUGUUUAGUUGGUUAUUUUGAAAUAUAAAAAUUAUCAUUGAGGUAAAACAAUUCUAUUAACUGGAAUAUCACAAGAUAUACCCACCAUAUUUUUCAGGACAUUUUUUUCUUUGGGGCAAAUUGGUUAAAAUUACACUGUAUGGUAAUUGCAUUUAGGUUCUAAAGAAAAGAAUCUGCAGAGAAAUCUAUGCAAUAUAUAAUUUGUCCAGAUUAAUUUUCAUUUGGGGAAAGAAGUUCUGAAAUAUCCUCAAAACAGUUUACUUAUCAAUUGAAAGUCCUCCAAAAAUAGAACUAUUGAAAAACCAGUAUGUGGGGUGGAAAAGAAAAGCUCCCUCAGUUUUUUGGAGGGAAUAACUUUGAAAAUACUUAAAUGGCUAAGUUUACUUGGUGCAGUUAAGAUUUAAACUUGUUGAUUUUAACAUUGCUGUUACAUCUGAAAUAAACUUAUGUGAUGUUCUGGUA